AGCUUCUCGCUUACUGUUCUUCACUGUCUGUUGUCCCCAAAGGAAAGCGAUAAGAAACUUAGGAGGUCAAAAUAUACCAGUUGAAGACUCUGCCACCCAGUUGUUAGGUUCAAUGGCAGCAUUCCUGGUGGGAAGAUAUAGUGUUAGGUGUUUACAGGUGGCAGCGACCAGGGCGUCGGCGUUCCGACAGCCAUUUCGUGGUCAUCGACUUGUUCCAGGAGAUGAUGAGCUAUACCAGAAGACAAUGGUAACAGUGAUGGAGAGAGAUGGUCCUGAUGUGGUUUUUAUUGAUGGGUACAGCACCCAUGGCUUUACUGUCAAUGGAGACAGGAUAAUUGGUCCCUGUGCUAUUGUUCCACAGGCUAUUUUACAGUGGAAUGUUGGUAGUUCAAAGGAUGUUAGUGUGGAAAGCCUUGCCUUGUUUCAUCUUCUGGAACCUAAAAUAGAAAUCCUGGUUUUGGGUACAGGAGAUAGAGCUGAAAGAAUUGAUCCCCAGGUGCUAAAGUUUAUGAGGCGUAAAGGAAUAGCUGUAGAGGUGCAAGACACGCCUAAUGCUUGUGCCACGUUUAAUUUCCUGACAAGUGAGAGGCGAAUUACAGCAGCUGCACUUAUCCCACCAUCCAGAGUUGGCAGUGCUUAUGAGUAGGGCAUGGUUCAAUGUGCAUAGAAUGAGAUCCUGUAAACUGCAGAUGGACAGUGUUGAUGAAUGCUUCUGCAUUUCUUACUGCUUACAUUUGUUAUAGUGUUUUAACAGACAACAAAAUCAGAUUUUUUUUGGGUUUUGAGAGCUAUCAAGCAUUGUACAAAGAGAGAGGAAACCUCAUUACAUUUAAGGAUGCAACAUUAGUACAUGUCUGUUCUUUAUACAUCAUUAAUACUUUGAUCUUUGUAAAUAUAUUUAUUUGCUAAUUUUCAGAGUUGUAUGAUUCUGGAGUCUGUAGCAGCAAAAAUGCACGUUAAGCAGGAAUCAUUCCUGAAUGAGGCACCAGUCUAUCACAGGACACUUGCACACCUACCAUAUGUUCAUUAUAAGGAUCAUUACUGUAGUGCAUUUGUAAAUAAAUUUAUCCGCAGAUCAGACUUGAAUAGCAGGAAGCUUGAGUGUAAGUCUUACUUUCUUCUGAUGUGAAUGAUCAUCCAUGUCAUUAAACAAAAGGCAGUAAAUAAAUAAA